GUACAUGAAAAUAUCAUAGUGAUAUUCUCAAUAUGUUCUCGUUGUCGCUGGUCUUCCUGUCUAUUUUCUUCCUUGGCUCCAUUGAGAGCAGAGUUUUAUGGCGCCAGCCUCCUUUUCCGAGGAGUGGCGAUCCGCUGGCGGGAUGGUCUGCACAUAGGGUAUCGCGCCGGGAGAACAUGAGGGUAGUCAGUGACCCGGCAGGAGGAUCAGGCACCGUACUGAGAGUAUUCUAUAAGAGAGGUUCCUAUGCACGAGCACGGGGAAAUGUUGGAGGUGUGCAGUUCCAUGCAAGUCCGUUUCCAUCUCGUCGAAGUUGUACGCUGACGUACGAGAUUUAUUUCGCCCCAAACUUCCAAUUUGUGCUGGGUGGGAAGCUACCUGGGUUAUAUGGAGGAAGUGGCUCAUGCAGCGGCGGGAGUUCGUCAAGAUGUUAUUCAACACGAUACAUGUGGAGGAGAAAUGGAGAUGGGGAGGUCUAUCUUUAUACCCCCAUGACGCAGGCUAGUGACUUUUGUCGCCGUCCUAGAGUACACUGCAACUUUGUGUACGGUCAUUCUGUUGGACGGGGAUCAUUCCGCUUUAGAAAGGGUCGAUGGAUCAGAAUUCAACAAUAUGUACGAAUGAAUACACCUGGACGAAGGGACGGUACCUUACGGGUGUGGAUUGAUGGACGACGAAUCCUCUCAAUGACGGACAUUAGCUACCGUGGUGCAUCCAGCGUCUCGACAAACGCCAUCUAUUUCUCUACGUUCUUUGGUGGGUCCACUUCUGAAUGGGCUUCUGCUACAGAUACGUACACUUAUUACAAGAACUUUGAAGUCUGGGAUCACCAACCGUCUUUUUAGAUUGACGAAUCUGGUAAAAUACAUCUGAUGUUGUUGUAUUCUAA